GUCAGGUUUAUUUUUAGCCUUCAGAUGAGAAGUGACAGCAGCAGCUUUCCUGGUGUGUUUCCCUGCUCUGUUUACUGCAUGAUUAUGUUUCAUUUGGCUGUGUGUAAAGCUUUCCAGCAGUUCUCAGACUGUUCGUUCCGUCUGAAACGAUCCUCCGUGUAUUUUCGGUCUGUGGGUGUUACGGUGAAUUUGGUUGUCUGUGGCAUUUUGUGUGUAUUUUGGUUGCCUGGUGAAUGUUGGCCUCCGGGUUGGUUGGCAGGGAGGAAAACAGCUUCGCUUCUGUUCAGGCUGAGGCAAAUCGGGCGAGCCGGUCUACUCUCCGAGUCACAGCGGCUCUCAGACGACAUCGCCCGUCACCCUGCCGCCACUCCGCAACAACAACCACAAUCCUCUGACGGGAGGCUCUAAGGCCGCCAUGUCGGACGCCGUCCAGCUGUCGUCGCAGUCGCAGGUCCAUGUCACCCAGCUGUACGAGGACAACACCAACAAGCGUUCGGUCCUGACCUCUCAGCCCAAUGGCCUGGCUCCGCUCAGCUCCACCCGGCCAGGCCUGCCACUGCCGGACCGACAGACCUCGGCGUCUGAGCCCGCCCACCACCGCCAGAGCAGCGCCACCUCCAACAAAUCAAUGGACGGCAAGACAAAGCACACCCCCCUGACCCCUGAGCACGCCAUGAAGCAGUUCAUGUCCAAAAUGUCCUCGUUCGAGCACCACGAGGUGUUCAGCUAUCCCGAAGUGUAUUUUAUCGGUCCAAACGCAAAGAAGAGGUCAGGGGUUCUGGGCGGAGCCAACAAUGGUGGCUAUGACGAUGAUCAGGGAUCCUACAUCCAUGUCCCACAUGACCACAUUGCAUACCGCUACGAAGUCCUCAAAGUCAUUGGCAAGGGCAGCUUCGGACAGGUGGUGAAGGCCUUCGACCACAAAACUCAGACCCACGUGGCCCUGAAGAUGGUCCGCAACGAGAAGCGCUUCCACCGGCAGGCGGCGGAGGAGAUCCGGAUCUUGGAGCACCUGAGGAAGCAGGACAAGGACUCGAGCAUGAACGUCAUCCACAUGUUGGAGAAUUUCACCUUCCGAAACCACAUCUGCAUGACCUUUGAGCUGCUCAGCAUGAACCUUUAUGAGCUCAUCAAAAAGAAUAAGUUUCAGGGCUUCAGCCUCCCGCUGGUCAGGAAGUUCGCCCACUCCAUCCUGCAGUGUCUGGACUCACUGCACAAAAACCGCAUCAUCCACUGCGAUCUCAAACCCGAGAACAUUUUACUCAAGCAACAGGGACGCAGUGGCAUCAAGGUCAUAGAUUUUGGUUCCAGCUGUUACGAACAUCAGAGGGUUUACACCUACAUCCAGUCCCGGUUCUACAGAGCACCAGAGGUUAUACUUGGUUCCAGGUAUGGGAUGCCUAUUGACAUGUGGUCUCUGGGCUGCAUCCUAGCUGAGCUGCUGACCGGUUACCCCCUGUUACCGGGUGAGGAUGAGGCCGACCAGUUGGCCUGCAUCAUCGAACUACUGGGCAUGCCCAGUCAGAAGCUCCUGGAUGCCUCCAAGCGAGCAAAGAACUUUGUGUCAUCCAAAGGGUACCCACGGUACUGCACCGUUUCCACGCUACCAGAUGGCUCCACAGUGCUAAAUGGUGGACGAUCGCGACGGGGGAAGCUACGUGGUCCCCCAGGCGGCAAGGACUGGAGUGCAGCUUUGAAGGGCUGCGACGACCCACUCUUCCUGGACUUCCUCAAACAGUGUUUGGAGUGGGACCCAGCGCUCAGGAUGACACCAAGCCAGGCGCUACGCCACCCGUGGCUGAGGAGGCGGCUCCCCAAGCCACCAACAGGAACCACAACAGGGGAGAAGACCUCUUCAUCCAAAAGGGGAACCACCACCACCGACGGUGCCAUCACCUCCAUCUCCAAGAUCGCCACCACCUCCUCAACCACCACCUCCUCAUCCAAAAGUAGGACUAACUUGGCAGCAAUUACUGAUGCCAAUGGAAACAUCCAGCCUAGGACAGUUCUGCCCAAACUGGUCAGCUGAGAGUGAAUGCAUCCCGCUCGCUGUGGGGGAGAUGAAAGCUGAGCUCAUAAGUAGCCAGCUAGACCUGAAUUAAACUGGUUUGUCCAGUUUUGAAGAUUUCUUUCUUGUUUUUUCAAAGCGCUGGCGGGGUGCGUCCAGGACAAAUACUGUCAUGAAGACAUGGCUUUAGAGUGUUAAAACGUGCAAAGUGACCAGACUGGGAUGUAAGUCGAGCUGAAGGAAAAUGGGGUGCAUUCACACACCUCAAAUUCUCAGUCCCUGUGGAAAAACAAUAAUUGUUUUACAUUUUGAGCAGCAAGACGGGAAGCGACAACUCGUUUGAAAUGAGUGCGGGGCAGCUCAGACAAUCAGAAAAUAUCACACUACUAUAUAGCUCCAAAAUCACAAACACAUCAAAAACAUGGUGCUGAUGGAGGGAACAAGGCUUUUUAAAAAUAUCUUUAAGCACAAAUUCUAUUUAGCUGAGCAAAUUGAUCAAUUUUACACCAAACAUAUUCAGACUUCAGUCUCAUAAGGUUAUAUCUUAAGACAGUCGUCGGUGCUAUAAACUGACAAGUAAGAUAUACCCCUUUAACAAAAGCUGAGCUGUGAUUAGCUUAAUGGUUUUAGUUUCAUGUGACGAAAAAAGUUAUGUUGCAUUUUAGUUUGGGAGUGUUGGUAGGCAUUUAUAAAAUUUUUUACCUACAUUAUUUGUAGUCAGAGAUCCUGCAACCGAGAUAUAACCAUCUUCCUUUUAGCUAGCUAACUUUGAUAGCUACCUGUUGUUUCAUAUUGAGUAGCUAGCCAGUGUUACCAUGCUAUUAGUGCCUGUCAGCUAGCUAACUGUUAACUGGCACUGGCUUGUUAUUGAACAGCUAUUUGUGUUUAGCUGUCAUAUUGCUACCUAUUUACAAUUUAACUGGCUAGCAGUUAGCCUAGCAAACUUAAAGGAGUCAGUAAACCGAAGCUGGCUAUCUGUUCGUCUUCUUUGGCAGUCCUGUGGCUAGCCUUAGCCGUUUUUAGCCAUAGCGUGUUUGCGCUCCGCUGCCCAGCCUUAUGAAAUACAGACAACAAGAGGCAGGUUUUAAAUUUUUUGCAGUUUUGUAUGUUUGAUGUUUGUUUUUAAGGGUUAUCUGGUGGGGGAAAUGUAGGAUGUUUGUUUUAUUUUUUUGUAAAAGUUCCUUCUUUAUAAACCAAAUCAAACUAUUAAGGGCACAAACUGGCAGUUGAAGAAGGGGUGAACUUAGGAAGGUAGACAUGAGAUGGUUUUACAGACAAGUUAUGAAUAAUGAAAGAAAAGGUUCAAAUGACAAGUUUGAAUUAAAGAAAAAAAUAAAUAAUGUUUUAGGUUAGCUUUUUAAAUUAUUUUUAAGUACCAAGCCCAUAUAAAGUUAAUUUGAGGCUAUUAAAAUUCCAAAAACAGAGACUUUAGAAACCAAAAUAAUGUCAAUAAUAAAACCAUAUUUGUUCAAAUGGUUGGAAAAAAGGAGGUAGGAGUGUAGAAAUGGGACCGGUCUGUGUUAAGUGUCACAUAAAUACGUAUACUCAGGCUUCCAAUUGCCCUGAAUAUUAGUUUUAGAAUUACAUUUUAUACUUCUUGAUAUCUUUAUACAGUCAUUUGCACUGCAUGCUUACAAAGUAGAAGCUUAUAGAAACUGACCAAUAAGAGGAAAGAUGACAUUUAGGGAAGAGGUCUCAAAGAAUGAACUGCAUUAUGGGCCCAGUGCAAUGUUUUGAUUAAUUUUCUUUCUUAAUAGGGCUGAUUAGCUGAAGGGCUAAUUUAGUGGAGCCCCAGUAUAAAAAUGUAGUUCUACUUAUUCAGUAUAUGAGAUAUCCUUUAAAUUAGCAAGAGAAGGAAGCAGCACAGAGUAUUUAAUGGGUCUUUUUUAUGAACAUGUGGCUGCUUGGGAAACACCAUAGCUCCAAGAAUUUAAAAUCCUUAAUUUAAAUUGUUUAUACUCACCUAAAGAAUAGGAGAGCAUGUUGUAAGUGAAGAUUUUUUCAUGGAACUUGAGGUUAGCAACACAGAUCCUGAAGUUACAUCAGUGGAGAGAAAUACAACUUUCCCGUUGUGGUUUAGGACCUAAUAUAAAGGUUGGAUGUAGUGAUUAUGAGGUCAGUUUUAUCAGUUUGAUUUAAGAUGCUUACAAUGAUGCGGUCCUAAGGUGCACCGUGAAUUUUCUCUGGUUUGUGCAGAUUUUCUCAUCAGUGUAGCCGUGUAACGUCAACAGGUGUUGUGUCACACUUAUUGGACAAAGCACUAGAUGCUCUGUUCUCUCACUUUGCACCUGCCUUUGUCUCAACAAGAUGAUGAAUUCUAAGAUCUGCUAUGUGGUCACGUACACAUUGACAUGACUUUAAUUUAGUGCUUCAAAAUAACUAAACUCUCUUUGAGGAGAUCAACAAUAUUGAAUUACGUGGGCUUAGUCACAUCAGUACAUUUUAAUUAAAUCCUGAGCUAUUUAGCUGCUUGUUCUGGUGCUCCAGACCAACUCUCCAUUCAGUUGCCACUAAAGAGCAGCCCCAAGUUUUUAGGAAUAAAUACACAUAAGAGCCAAAAUACCAUUCAGACUAGUUUUAAAGCUUAUCUGAUAAAAACAACACAGUUAUGACUUCACAGCAGUACAAAAUAACAUCGUACUGAAACACAGGCAGUAAUUACGGACACCUGCUUAUUACAGAAUUAGCAGCUUUGUGGGCUAAACAAAUGCGCUGUCUCUAGUUUGGAAACUCAGUGUCCUGAUAGACUGAUGUUUCCACAACCUGCACAAACUUGGAAUCAUGCUAUAUUAGUUAAUAAAUUAAUUACAGUUUCUCUGCUGAAAAUACCCAUAAAAGAUGUUUUUAAAUGAGUAUUAGGAGUUACACAUAAUAAAAAAAAUGACACGUUUUGUAAACAAAAGUUACAGGUUAUGAGAUUAAAUGAGAUAAUUCCACGGUAAAACUUAAGUCAUACUUGCAUGCAAGUCUUGCAAAGGACCUUUAUGGAUAACAAAAGCUAAUGAAACAUAAUAUUAAAAACAAUGAGAAUUGAAGAAAUUAAGUCACUGAGAUUUUUUAUCCUACACUUGCUCUUUAUCCUAAAAGUCAGUCUCUAUAGUUUAUAUAAAGUAAACCCAUCCAUUUUAUAUGCAUAUUUAUGUGUGCGUUUACUAUUUAAUAUUGACCAAAAUGGUGUUCCGUACCUUACUUGCCUUUUCUGCAAUAUAUGAGAAAUUUGAGCAGUGCUCAAAAUUCUUUCUUAACUUCUUCUGUGAAUUUGGACUGUUAUUUGUAAAACACAUAACUGUGCAGGAAAAUUUCCAACAAUCAUUUUAAGCAGAAACUUUUACAUUUAUAUAGUUGCUCAUCUGUUUUCUGUUAUUUAUCAAUGUGCUGAUACUGUCAGGUCUUAGUUAAUGCUGUAUGAGAUCUCUUUGUAGUAAAUAUUAACUGAUAGUUGAUGAUGCAGCCCAAACCUCCUCAUUAGCUUUAUAGUUAGUUGUUUUUGCUCCAACUGACAUCUCACCAGCACAUGAAGAAAAUCUCUUCCCUCCCUCACUGCAGGAGUUCACUGAGUUUCAUAUUUAUUGACCCACAGCAGCACUAAAUGCAGGUACCGCCCUACAGUAGAAGAUUGAAUUGAUUAAUUAGUUCCCAUUAUCUUUAUACAAGCUGAACCUCUAAUGAUGAUCCAGAAUCAGAAUUGGUAAAUAGAUCUAUAAGUGUGGUUGGGAGGGAAUGAGGAUAAGAAGUGUGUAACUAGAUUUUAUUUAUUUGCAGCCUUUUAAUUUAUAAAUCUAAUCUAUGUAUUUACAAUGAUGUGCAGUUCAUACUGUAUACUUGAAUGUGUGUGUGUGUUGUUUGUAGCAGGACGUGUGUGUGCAAUAUCAAAAGCCUGUUCCCUCACACAAACACAUAUUUAUGUAAGCUCACACACGACUGUAUCUGAGCGCGCUCUUAAAACCAAGUCAUGCGAGGAGGUGGAGGAUAAAGAUAACGAGGAGAAGGAUGAGAUUCCCUGGAUUGGCCGAGAGCAAAGUCGGCCUGUUGAUGUAAUGUAGCACAGAGGAAGUGGACGAUGACACGAUGCACAAGAGGAACUGACCGUGUGGAACUGCUCCGCCCAUCUCAGGAGAAGCUCCGCCCCCUCCAGAUGGAGGAGAAGGAAGCGGGAAAGGGCCCUCUGAUGUUUUGGUUUUUUGUUUUUCUAAAGAUAUGAUUGGUUAUUUGGUUGUGUGGUUUUGUUUAAAAUUUUUUACGUGUUUUUUUUCUUUGUGAGACGGAGUGCUGAGAGUCCUAACUUUGUGCCUUCAGUAUCUCAUUGCCAUGACACGCCCACCUAACACAUACACACACACGCAUUUUUACAGCAACCAUUUUACUGGCAAAAUUUGCUUAUAUAUUCAACAAAAACUCCUCUUUCAGGAAAUCAUGAAGUAUUCUUUGGUGCAACUUAAAACGACACAAGUUUUGUUGGCCAAAAUCUGCUCAAUGAUUGGCUCCUUGUUUGUGAAAGCCCAAAGACUCCCAUGUGAUUUUCACACCGCUGAGUAGACAUCUUUGUUGAUCUGAUACAAGUUGUGGGGUGGGGGGGGGGGGACUAGAUAUCGUAGAAAUGAGCAGGAAAAUAGCAGGCCAUUCUUAUCCACCACUAUAGAGGUCAUGGUUUUUGAAGCUCAUCUUUCCAAACUUUUCUGCCUAAAAUAUUUGUUAGUUCUUGUUCAGAGCCCCAACUUCAGAGACCCAACAAAUCUGUGCUAUUUGACAUAUUUAAAGUGGAAAAAUGUUCUCAGAAUAGAAAUCUGAUUUCACAUGCCAGUCAUUGUGAAAUUUGACCCUACUAUUGAAGGGCCUGAUGACCUAUACUCUUAGAUAAAUUGCAUUUAAGUGCUUAUAAAUUGGGUUGGCAGUGGUCGUUGUGGGCCAAGCAAAAUUACAAUCCAAGACCAUAAGAAAAUUGACCAUUAAAGAAUAGUAGAUCUUUCUAUGAAUACAACCACCCAAGCUACAUUCAAGGUUCAGAAAAGCUCAAAAGCAAUACACUGUAUUAUUAAUAUUACAUUUUAACCAGGGUUAAGUACUUCCUGAUGGAAGUGUGUUUAGAAAUUAUGCCAACACAGAAAUAUUAAGAAAAAGACUAAAUUAAAACAAAUUUCGUACAUAAAACUUAAUGUUCAACAACAGCAGUAAAUGACGUUUUUAUGGACUUUAAGGUGGUUUUGAUGGAUUAAAUAAACUGGCUGAUCCAGUUUUCAGUUGGUAGUGUUAAAACCUUUAUUGCCCCCACUAGUUUUUAAAACAGAAUAAAAGCUAUUUCAUAAAAAGUGUUUAAUGAAAGAUCACCACAAAAAAGGAAAUACUUGUUUUAAAUCAAAUGAAAAUAGACUGAUUUUAGUUUCAGAAAACUACGGAGGACCUGUUAUCUGCCAUUAUGGACCAUUUUUGGUAAGGAUUAUUUAGCAUUUUGUUGCCAAUAAUAAUUUGAUUAACCAAUUAAAUCCGUUUUUGUGUCAUAUUGUGGUCCAUCAAAGGAUUCAUCCAGCCAUGUUUACCAUGUCUAUUAUGUGAUGUUGACUUACAUUUAGUAUUUUUUCCUUGAAUUUUCGUCUGCGGGCCUCCGUAAUGUUUACAGAGCCAGCAGAGCGGGCCAGUGCACUAACAACAGAUUGUAGCUUUAAAAUCAGCACUGAUACCGACAUGUGUUUGUGUGUGUGUGUUGGGAUAAGGAGGUUUGUAUAACAUGGCUGCACAAUGUACAGACACAUAUCAGCCAACUGUCGUAACUUGUCGCCUCAGGACUGAUGGGCGAUACCUGCUCACGACAGGGCUAAGCUAACACUAGCCGUUUGACUGCUAGCGUCGAGCCGCUAGCUGCUGCACUGAUAGUGGUUUUUUCUCUACAGUGAAGCUAACACUAGCCUACUGCUAACUGAAUGCUAGUAGCAAACAGCAAGUUUUUGCCUGCUAUCUACAGCUUAGUUGAGCUCUUCAUGCAAGCUGUUAGCAUUGAAGUGGGUUUAAAGUGUUCUUUUUUCAUGUUGGUACCUCAGAUUGCAUAACUGUUGUCAUUGUUGUGACUAACACCCAGGGCAUUUGGUUUCAUCUACCAAAGUGCAUUCCUUUACUAAGCUGGCUACAUGCUAGCUGCUCAAGCAGACACAGGUAGGCAGUUAAAGUACAGAAAGCUUAAAAAAAAAAAUAAAAAAAAAAGGCAGUCAGGGGGAAAACAGACAAUAGAAGGAGAAUGUGAAAAAGUAGAAAUAGUCUGUGGUCACACAGGAACAUGAAGUCUGUGUUAACUUACCUCUCGUAGUAUUCAGAUUUAUUUUCUUUUUUCUUUUUUUUUGUGCUAAUGUGUGAAAGUGGCUGUAGCCUGUUAGCCAAUUAGCUCAUUAGCCAUUUAGCUUUUCUCUGAGGUCUUUGCAGCCAGAGGUUAGUGUGAGGCUGCGCUGUAUUUCUGUAAUGUUUGCCAGCUGGGUUUUAUUGUUUUACCUGUAAAUAAUGUGCAAAGUGUUUGAUUAAUACAUUUUUUUGGGGGGGGGGGAAUAAAUGCGAUGCAGUGCCACGGCGCGGCCAGUUUUACAACAUACUGUAUCUACUGUACAGAACACAGAAGUUGACACUUUUCUAGUGAGCCUUUGUUAAAUUUUAUUGUGGUGGAAAAAUUAUUAAUAAAAACAGUUUUAUUGUU